AUGGCUCGAGUCCCGGCUGUGCAUGUGUCUGCUCUUUGGUAUGUACUGCUUUUGUCAGGCCUCAUCUGCUAUGGCAUCAGCGCUGCAGCCAAAUUCAUCCCCGGAGCGGACGGCCGCUUUGUGUCCGCCGAGGAGUCGAUACUGGGCGUCGCCUCCGAUGACGCGCUGCUCAAGGGGUCAAACGCCCAUCUUCCCAAGCGGCCCCGGAGAUGGUCCGUCCCGGCCUUGGUGUUUCUCAUCGUUCUUCGCUUGGAAGUGUUUCAUCUGGUGAAUAAGCAGCAGCAAUGUGCUACUCCUGGACUCGAGUCCUUCCUAUGCAUAUUCCUCAUUGCAUACGAGAUAUUCCAAACGCGCCGCAGAUGGGGCUUCCCCGUCUCCGAAGACGACGACGACCCCUGGCGCAGCAUCUUCGACGACAUCUGGGACUGGUUCAGCGGCCCCCGCGUCGUCAUGUUUAACACAGUCGUCAGCGCCUUUGUCUUCUCCCUGGGGACGUACCUGUCCCUCUCCAACAUUCGGAGGUCGACUUACUUCUGCUUCCACCUCAUCGACAGCCGGUUCAAGACCGUCUCUCUGCAGCUGUUUGGCCUCGUGCUCGAUGCUGCCAUCAUCAUCUUGCUGUGGCGGCUGCUGGCUUGGGCGAGGACUAUCAAGCUGCGUCUGCGCAUCCUUAGCACGGUGCUGCUGCUGUCGUCCGCCUCGGUGGGACUUGUAUGGGUUGUCAACACCAUCUUCAGGGGCACCCGUGGAGUGAGGGUCUCCGUUGGCUCCCUAUAUGGAUUUGACGCCCUGGUGGACAGCUUUGCUUUCGCCUCCCUGCUCAUCUCGUCAAUGUUUUGGGUAUGCGAGACGUCAACGAUCUCGCCCGUCGGCACCCUGACGUUUCUGGUAGGCAUUUGGAGCGCUUGCGAUAAGAUCUUCCACUACGGUGACUGGCUACACUUAUCACGACUUGCUGCGCUAGGGCCGCUGUGGAUGAUUGUUGCCGGCACCAUCGUCUUCCUCUACCUCCACGACCUCCAUUCCGUCCUGUUCAUCAAGCGGAUCCUGUUCGUGUUCCUUCUCUUGUCUCUCCUCUUGGCUACGACCAUCUUCAUUUUCGUCAAGAAGCCCCAAACCUUCCGCAACGGCAUCCAUCCUGCCAAUGACCUCGUCUACACAGCCCAUGUCGAACACGACCGCUGGAAGGCACUAGUCAGCGUCAGUACGACGCUCUCGACGGCUGUCACCGUCUACCAGGAGCGACACAACGGGCGGCUGCCGCCCCCCAACUUCGACGCAUGGUACAACUACGCCGCGGAUGACUCGGUAAUGAUUGACGAAUUCCAGCAAAUCGACCGAGACGUGGGCCCCUUUUGGAACGUCGCUCCCUCUGUGCUCCGCAAGAGGGCGGCUGAGAUGGCGGCGAUGCCGGACGUGGCCACCAUCACCGUCAAGGAUGGCAAGGUCUCCCGCAAGGACACGGGGCGCGCGGACGACAACACGGACCUGGACGAGCUGGUCGGCAUGAUCGCCAAGUUCUCGCAGUACCUCCCCGACAUGGUCCUGCCCAUCAACCUCAUCCCGGCGCCCCGCGUGUUACCGUCGUGGGAGGAGGCGAACACCAAGAACAGGGCUGCCCAGCUCAGCUCCGUGGCUGAUUUAUUGACUCGGCGCUCAACGGACGGGGCGGGCGACGGGAACGGCAGCACCAUUGCGCCAGCAGAGCACGAGAAGGAAACGAUCGCCGAGCCCAGCGCCCUUCCUCCUCCUGCCGCUGCCCCUAUUUCUCCUCCUGGCCUUUCAACGCCAGGAAUAUCGGCUAGUGAUUUUCGUCGGAUGCUGGUCGACGCCUGCUCCCCCCUGUCGCGGAGUAGGACGAGGCCUCACUGGAACUUUAUGGAAUUUUGUUGGUCGUGCGCCAAGGAUCACACGUACGGCCAAUUCCUGGCAAAGUGGCAGCAGUCGCUGGACACCUGCGCUCAGCCCGACCUGCGGCUGCUGCACGGCUUCUCGCUCACGGACCCGCCGCGGGCGCCGCUCCGGCACCUGGCCCCCCUGUUCGGGGCUUCCAAGACGGACGAGUUCGGCGACAUUGUGAUACCGCUGCCCAGGACGAGGCUGGAGCAGCCCGACAUCAAGUGGCAGUUUACACGAAGAUACGAUAGUCUGGCCCUGCGCGGGAGCCACAAGUACCGCCUGCUGCACCUCGCCAGCGCGCCGUACGCCCGCGACGACGUCGUCAUGGUCCUCCCCACGCCCGGCGACGGCGACAUCUUCAGCUACGAGAGGGUCCCGGCCGCCGAGGCCAACGCCCUGGUGCCCUUUAGCGUGGGCGUGACCAACUCGACGCCGUGCGCCGCCCACGACGGCUGCGCGCUCGUCCAAAAGGCCUACGGCCUCCGCGACGAGGCCGUCGAGCCCCUCGAGUACCGCUACGUGCUCCUCAUGGACGACGACGACGGCCCGCCGCAGCAGCAGCUGCUCCGCACCCUGCGCUCCAACAGCGUGCCGCUGGUGUCGACCAUCUUCCGCACGUGGUACACCGAGCGGCUCAUGCCGUGGCUGCACUUUGUCCCCGUCGACCCGAGGUUCCAGGCGCUGCACACGACGUUUGCCUACUUCUCGGGCACGGUGGACCGGCCCAAGGUCAAUGGCAGAGACACGGCGAUGCAGGGCAGGACGGCGGACGCCGAGUGGAUCGUCCAGCAGGGCCAGCGAUGGGUGGCCAAGGCGCUCCGCGAGAAGGACAUGGAGAUCUAUCUGUUCCGGCUCCUGCUUGAAUGGGGGCGCCUCAUUGACGACGAGAGGGAAGGCCUGGGAUUCCGCAAAGACGACAAGGGGGCGUUCCAGAACGACGCGUGGACCCGGCAUCAACAAGGCGGGGAGAGAUAGUAG